AUGAAGCGGCUUAGAUGUUCUUGGAGCUCCUUGAAACCCCUAAUCAUUGUCUGCACGCCACUGGCUUUGCUACCGCUGCCACUGGUCAUCAGAAAAAAGGAAGCAGAAUGUGCAUACAUCCUAAUAUUAAUGGCUGUGUACUGGAUGACGGAAGUCAUUCCUCUGUCUGUGACGGCACUUCUCCCUGCGCUGCUUUUCCCUCUUUUUGGGAUCAUGAAGUCCUCACGGGUUGCAUCUGUAUAUUUCAAAGACUUUCACUUGUUGCUUCUUGGUGUCAUCUGUCUAGCAACAUCCAUUGAGAAAUGGGGUCUUCACCGGAGAAUUGCCCUCAGAUUGGUGACUGGGCUUGGAGUCAAUCCUGGCAUGUUGAUGCUCAGGUUCAUGGUUGGCUGUGCUUUCCUCUCUAUGUGGCUGAGCAACACCUCAGCUGUGGCGAUGGUAAUGCCAAUUGUCGAGGCAGUGAUCCAGCAGGUUUUGAACGCAAGUGAACAGGCCAGCAAAGACCACAAGGGGGCGUUAAAUGGCAUCUCCAACCCUUCUCUUCAGCUUGAAGAUAUUGAGGCCCAGUAUGACCAGUCUGAGAAGAUAAAAAGCAUUGAAGCAGGAAUUACGGAGCCAGUUCAGACAGCUCCUGAGCCUGAGGAACCAGAAGCUGUGAAGCCGCCUCCACUAUAUAAUGGAAAGUACAGGACCCGUGAAGAUCACAUGAUGUGCAAAGGCUUGUCACUUUGCAUUGCCUACUCCUCAUCCAUUGGGGGUCUGACCACAUUAUCAGGAACAUCCACAAACCUUAUCUUUGCUGAAUACAUUUAUCAGUACUACCCAGAAUGCUCCAUCAUUAAUUUUGGGAACUGGUUCGUGCUUUGUCUUCCCAUCUGCAUAAUUAUGCUGAUUUUGUCAUGGAUAUUCCUGCACUGGAUGUACCUCGGCUUUCGUGCCAGUCUGUGCUCCAGACAGCAAUCUGAAAAGGAAAAACACACUGCCAAAGUGCUCCAGGAUCAGUACAACUCACUGGGGCCCAUAAGCUGGCAGGAAAUUAUCACCAUGAUCAUCUUCAUUCUGAUGGCAAUUUUGUGGUUUACAAGAAACCCAGGUUUCAUGCCUGGCUGGUCAUCACUGUUUCCUGAUUACCCAGGUUACGCUACGGAUGCCACUGUAGCGCUGUUGCUGGGUUUCAUGUUCUUCAUCAUCCCUGCACACAAACCAAAUGCAGAGCACUACGUGGCUUUGAUAACGUGGAAGGACUUCCAGGCCUGUAUGCCAUGGGAGAUCAGUCUGCUUGUGGGUGGCGGUUUCGCUUUGGCUGAAGGCACAAAGAUUUCUGGUCUAUCGACUUGGGUUGCUGAAUUGCUGACUCCCUUGGGAAGUCUUCCUCCUUUAGCCACUGUCACCAUUGCCUGCCUUAUUGUCACCUCUAUCACAGAGGUGGCCAGCAAUGCUGCCACGAUGACAAUCUUUUUGCCUAUACUGGCCCCCUUGGCCGAGGCAAUUGGAGUCAACCCUCUGUACAUGCUGAUUCCCACAGCCCUAUGUGUGUCCUUUUCAUUCCUACUUCCAGUUUCUAAUCCUCCUAAUGCCAUUGUCUUCACAUAUGGUCAUCUGACAAGCAUGGACAUGGUGAAGGCAGGGCUGGGGGUAAAUAUUAUAGGUGUUCUUACAGUCCUAUUAGCUCUUACGACAUGGGGAACACCUCUGCUUAACCUGGACACCUACCCAGACUGGGCACCAGUUGUAAACGGCACAGGAGUAUGACCAUCACUGUGAAUAUUUUACAAA